GGUAAAAAACAGAGUAAAAGAAGAGACUUUAAAAUAAAGUUUUGUGUUUUGUCUUACUCUGAUUCUCACCAACCUACUAGUCGAGGUAAUUGUGUGGAGCACAUGCUCUUCUUCUUCAUCAUCCAUCCCUACCAAACCCCGAAAGGUUAGAAUGUCUAUGGAGGAGAAUAACCUUAUAGAAAUCUUGGAGGAAGGUCACAAAGUGGACAUAGUCAAGUACAUUGACUACGUGAGCGCCCCUCAAGCCGGCGCCAUAGCAACGUUCUCAGGCACUACAAGAGACACGUUCGAAGGGAAAACAGUUUUGGAGCUAAGGUACGAAGCAUACAAACCAAUGGCCACAAGAUACCUCAGCUAUAUAUGUGGAGACGCUAGAUCGAACUGGGACGUACACAAGAUCGCUGUGGCGCACCGUCUGGGACCGGUUCCUGUCGGGGAGACCAGCGUGUUCGUGGCUGUCUCGUCAGUUCACCGUGGGGAUGGUUUGGACGCUUGCAAGUUCUUGAUCGACGAGCUGAAGGCGUCGGUUCCGAUAUGGAAGAAAGAGGUGUAUGUUAAUGGGGAGGUUUGGAAGGAGAACUCUGAGUUUAUGGAGAAGAGGUUGGAGCUUGCUGAGAAGAGGCUGGAGAGUGGGGAGAGUUUGGUGAAGAAGAAGAGACAUGUGGUUGGAGAAGAAAAAAAAAGAAGUUGCUGUGGAAGUAAAGUUAGAGUACAAGAAGAUGAAGAGUGAUGUUUGUUUUUUGUUUUUUUUUAUGUUUUCUCUCAAUAAACAAAAGGUGUUACAAAAACACAUUGUUGAAUCUAAAGACUUCAAUUCCAGUUUA